GACGACGGUCUCAGACAGGUGGCGCUAGGUUAUACCUAGCGGGGAUUUUCGAAUAUUCAUAGGUUUUACACGACGAUAAUCCAGUGUUCUAGGGAUUAUUCGUCACCAUGACAACAGCACUCGUUGUAUCAAUCCAACCCUCUGAAUAUAAAUACAAAUUUAUAUUCACGUUGAUAUUGAAUAGUAAACAGAGAUUAUUUUUGUGGAAAUGGACGGGUUCAGUUACUCCGAUAUUAAAGCUCUCCAAUCGUUAUUAGUGCCGGAGAAGGAUGAUUCUGACUCUGAUGAUGACCUCGAUCAAAAAGGAAAAUACAAAUUAGGUCCUGGACACAUUGGACCCCCGAAAGAUUCUAAAACCGCCGAAACUGAUCCCCACAAGCCCCUGAAACCGGUUGGCAAUGACAUUUGGCAUCAAUCGGAAAUAUCAACAACACAAACCACCGAGGUUUCGGACCCGAGAGCGCAACCGGAAUAUGAAAUUAAGUUCAAACAGGCAGUUACCACUGAGGACGUAUUUCUUGGUAUGGGGUUCAAGACGCCUGGGUCAGCGUCCUGUGAGUGGCUGACGAUUUCCAUUAAAAUGCCAGGGGAAAUGAGGGAAAAAAUGGAUCUUAAUGUGGAAACUGACUCUGUGGAUAUUCGAAGUCCCAAAUAUCGACUCCACUUGCCCACCCCCCACUCAGUCGACCCGAAUACCUCUUCAGCGAAAUGGCACGAGGACUCAUCAACUCUCGAGUUGAAUCUAAGAAUGACCCGAGAGCUGGACGGUGUGAACUUUUAACUCCCCAUCAGGUACCGAAUGUUUUCCAAUUAAACGUUCGACGUGAAAUUCCCCCGAUAACAGCGUGAAGAGACUAGUAAAAAAACGUUCAAAAUAACGAAUAAAAUAGAAUU